GUUUUAUUCAACCAGUCUUUACUAUGCAAAGACUAUAAAAGAAAAUACUACAAUAUAUGCAAAAUAAAAUAAAAUAAUUUAAAUAAUAGCCUUUUUUAUUUUUAAAAAUUUUGAUUCUUUACCUCCCAAACUAUUGACCUCUUCUCCUCUCUCAAUUGCUUAAGUUUCACUGGGCGCCUCUCUUGCUUCUAUGCUUGACUUUUCUUCAACUUUGCUUAUGCUUUUCUUGUUGAACACCGGCUUUGAUUCCAUGACUUCCCAUUUGUCAGAUUCUUGAACCCUUUUUUAAAACUUGUUUAUUUGUAUUCUUAAGCAUUUUUAACCACCCCCCACAUGUUUGUCUGAUCUAAGAUUGGAUCACAAGGAUCUCUUUUCUUUCUCUUGAGGACACUUGAGAGGCUCAACAAGAGGAACAAGCUGGUGGGUCUCAGUUGCCAAGUCCUUUUUGGCUCUUUUCUUGAUAAAGGUGAGGUCAUUUGUGAGCUACAAUUGAUUUGAGAGGCUGGUAUAUGUCUUGGCUCCAAGUUAUUAGUAAAUUUUGAUGAUUUAAUUGGGUGUUGCUUGCGGAAAGUUGUGAUUUUGGAGGCAUGUCAGGGCUUGAUGUUUCCAAAUAUGCACAUAGUCGAGUUCAUAGAGCUGUGGUGACAAAAGAUUAUGCUGCUCUGAGGAAAAUAAUUGCGGGACUUCCGCAGCUUUGUCAUCCAGCUGAAAUUGUAAGUGAGUCGGUUUCAGUGGCUGAGGAAGCGAAGGCGGAUGCCAUAUCUACUGUAAUUGAUUCUAGAGAUGUUCCUAAUCGAGAAACUCCUCUUCACCUGGCUGUUAAGCUUGGUGAUGAGACUGCGACGGAGAUGCUUAUGCUCGCAGGUGCAGAUUGGAGCUUGCAGAAUGAUAAAGGUUGGAGUGCACUUCAGGAGGCAAUAUGUAAGAGGGAAGAAAGAAUUGCAAGGAUUAUAGUUAAGCACUACCAGCCAAUAGCAUGGGCAAAAUGGUGUAGAAGGUUGCCUAGGUUGGUCUCAACUAUGAGAAGGAUGAGAGACUUCUACAUGGAAAUUACGUUUCAGUUUGAAAGUUCUGUAAUUCCUUUCAUUUCCAGGAUUGCUCCUUCAGACACCUACAAAAUUUGGAAAAGGGGUGCGAAUCUGAGAGCUGACAUGACUUUGGCGGGGUUUGAUGGCUUUAAAAUUCAGCGUUCCGAUCAGAGCAUUGUGUUUCUUGGUGAUGGUUCCGAGGAUGGGAAGGUACCUCCUGGAUCACUUUGCAUGAUCACUCACAAAGACAAGGAAGUGAUGAAUGCCUUGGAUGGUGCUGGAGCUCCAGCAUCUGAUUUAGAGGUGCAACAAGAAGUCACAGCAAUGUCUCAAACUAACAUAUUCAGGCCAGGCAUUGAUGUGACUCAGGCAGUUCUCUUACCGCAGUUGACAUGGAGAAGGCAGGAGAAAACUGAAAUGGUUGGUCCUUGGAAGGCCAAAGUAUAUGACAUGCAUAACGUGGUGGUAAGCAUUAAAUCAAGGAGGGUUCCAGGAGCAAUGACAGAUGAUGAGUUAUUCUCAUCUAGCAAUGAAAAUGAAAAUGAAACUGAAUCAGGGAGCGAGGAACUUAAUGAUAUCCUAACAGAGGAGGAAAGAAAACAAUUAGAGGCUGCACUUAAGUUAGAUUCUUCUGAUUUAAACAAUGAAAACAAUGGCGUGAUAAGGCAUCGUCACAGUUGUUACGAGCAACGGGAGAUACCCAUUGAUGAUUGCAGAAACGGUGAAUCGAAGCAGGGAAAGAAGGGUUGGUUUGAAGGAUGGAGGAAACGGGACAGCAAACAAGAAGGGCAGAAAAAAACUGUCCCGCCAAGAGGUUCUCUUUGUGUGGAAGAUAAGGUGAGUGAUCUCCUUGGGGAAUCUCCUUCACAAACUCAGGGUACACCUGCAAGACAUUCGAUGGAAAUAGUUAUCAAGGGGGACGAACAGCGGAAAGGCAAGGAACUUAAAGCAUCUUCAUCCAAUAUGGGUGGAGGAAAUCGGCAAAAGGAUGGGGUUCAUGAGAAUGAGUACAAGAAAGGUUUGAGGCCUGUUCUUUGGCUUUCACCAAACUUCCCUUUAAGAACUGAAGAGUUGCUGCCAUUACUAGACAUACUAGCAAACAAAGUCAAGGCUGUUCGGCGCUUAAGAGAACUGCUCACAACCAAACUUCCAUUGGGCACCUUUCCUGUCAAGGUUGCUAUACCAGUGAUUCCCACCAUCCGAGUUUUAGUGACUUUCACAAAAUUUGAAGAAUUGCAAGCAGUGGAGGAGUUUUCAACCCCACCUUCAAGUCCAACUGCUCAAAGCCAAGAAAUCCCAUCAACGAAUCAAUCAUCCAGUUCAUCAUGGUUUCAGUGGAUAAAAACACCUUACAACCGAGCAAGUUCCUCCACAAGUGGUGGGAACGAUAGUGUUCAAGAUCCAUUUGCAAUUCCUCCCGAUUACACAUGGGUUACAGCAGAAGCAAAGAAGAAGAAAAUGCAGGAGAAGAGUAAAUCCAAGAAAGGUAGAAGUCAAACUCAAAAGCAGUAGUCCAGCACAUAACUUUGCAGAAUUGCUAUGCACUAGUCUGCAUAAAUGUAAUAAUUACAGGGGCUAUAUUCUUUUAACAGAAGUGGACAAGUCUUGGAGGGUUUAAAAAUUUGGUAAUUUAUUGUGGGUGGUAUAAAUAGGCUGGAUUUGAUUCAAAUGCUUGAAACUAACAUGCUCUGUUGCCUGA